AUGAAGAUAGCUGGGGGUUGUCACUUGGUCCCCUACGUUCUUCUCAUGUUGAGUGCCCCUGGGAUAGCAAGGCUCUCACACGGAGCUGUGCCGGCCAGACCCCCAGACAUCGACAACGUCGCGUUGCUCGGAGCUCAGAGGCAACGACAGGAUACCAUCUUCAACGAAGCAGUACAUCUCUUGGAAUCGAUGAGGACUUCACCAUCAUGCAACCGAGUUGCUGCAACGCGAUUGGUCGCAUCGUGUCAAGUCUUUACGAACGGAAACGACGACACACAGUCAGAUAAUCCGGGGAACCUCGAUCUUCUUCGAUCCACCUAUGCGGCCAGACUGGCUCUGUGUGAGAUUGAUGGCGCGGGUGCCAUAGUUCCUCCACCGUGUCUUCCGGUCACCGUUUCGCCACCUCCACAAAGGAACCGGUUCGGCUUCGGGAACCGUAAGAGAGGCGCAGACACUGCAUUGGAUGAAAUAUCAAAGGAGGUAUUGGAGCAGUGUCUCAGAACACUCGAGUCUCGUCCUCAGUGGUGGACAUCCUACAGCAACAGUCUGCAAAAUGCCCUCAUCAUAUGCCAGGCAACGCGGAUGGAGGCCGAAAAAGAAGAGCUGAUUGACUUGCACCAAUCCAUUGUGAAGAGCAACCUCAAACUAAACAAUGGGCUCCAAGAAGCUUUGAAAGAUGCAGCUUCCCAGUUUGAGCAGCAAACGGCGUUUGCACAACAGGUUCAGACCCUUCAAAAACAGGUUGUCUCAGAGCUUGGUGUGACAGACUCCUUGCUCAAGCAAACAUUUGGGUGGUUUCUUCAAGAGGUCAAAGGUGGAAUCACUUCCUUUCAAGAGGCCAUAUCCAUGGCGCUGAAAGAAACACGAGCUGAAACACGUCAUCUCGAAAAGGAUAUCCAAAAUGCGUCAACUCAAGCGAAAUCUCUCCGAGAGGCAUUGCAAUGUGCGCACCAAGAUGCGAUGGCCAGAAGCCAGGAGGUUAUUCGGGCUCAAGAAUCAAGUGCUGUUGUCAGUCAAGAUCUUGUGUCUUCAUUGCACCAGUCACUUGAUUCACUGGUAGCUUCCGAUAUCGAAAGAAUUUAUAGCGGAAUGCAAAGGUUUGAUGCUACCAUGGAAUGGUUGACCAGUCGAAUGAGCGCAAUCCUCGACCAGGAAGCCCAAAUGACAGAGCACCUCCAACAUAUGGAACAAUUUAUACAGAAAUCUCAUUCAAACGCAAUAGAGCUGCAAAAGUCUCAGGCUCUACAAUCCGAAGCUCUCUCUGCACACUCUCAGGCACAAGAGGCUAUCCAAUUCCAUGCGCAAGUCUCGCAGGCACUGUUAACCAAAGCUAGUGCCUCAGCGGCCAACCUACAAGCAGCCAUCGAUGAUACAACAACUGCCUUGGAACGCGGCCUAAGCCUCAGCGUUGGAGGUUAUUCUGCAUGGUAUUUCUGUGUCAUCCUCCUGCUCGUCAUCGCCACACAAAACAUGAAGGUUGCAAUUGGGAUAGUGAUCCUUUUUCUUGGUUGGUGCAGCUUCAACGGGUUCAAGCAUCUCAUUCUGACACAUCUGCUUCCGCAUCUUAUUCUAGUGCAUUCCCUUGCUUCAAUCGCCAUGCAUUUUUUCUGA